AUGUCAUCACAACCUACAACAAAACCACUUUCUCUUAAUGAUUUAAGUCUUUUCGACACUCUCAUAUCAUCAUCAUCAUCUUCUUCUUCUUCUUCUUCUUCAACAACAACAACAAAAACAAAUUCACAAUCACCAGUUUCUCAAACAAAUCAUGCUCCAUCUUCCAAUGGAUCUCUUCUCUUAGACCUUUUUUCAAAACCUACAUCUACAUCUAUAUCUUCAUCACAACAACCAAUAUCUUAUAAUAAUAAUAAUAAUAAUAAUAAUAAUAAAACAACAACAACAACUACACUCACUUCAGCAUUCAAUAAUCUCACCUUAUCUCCCCCAUCUUCUCAAUUUUUAUCUCCUACUAUUCCUUCUGCUCCGUAUACUACUUCUAAUGAUUCAAUUCAAGAUGCUGAUGAAAGUUUUGGCGAUUUUGAAGAGUUUCAAAGUGCUGACGACAACAACACUAACAACACUAACAACAACCCCUACGCACCUAAAGACGACGUAAUUGUCGAAUCACAUGAUAAAUCACAUGACCAUGUAGCGCCGUCUGCGGCUUAUCUCUUUGAUUCCAACAUUUGGAACCAAAACCCUUCAACAACAACAACAACAACAACAGCCAUGGAAAUCCCAAAAGCUUCAGAACCACUUGAUCAGCCAUUUUCUGCAUUUAAUAAUACCAAUAUUUAUAUAAAUACCAAUAAUAGUACCAAUGAUCAUGAUCAUACUCAUGCUCAAGACAAUCAAGGAAAUGAAAAUGAAAAUGAAAAUGAAGAUGAAGAUGACUUUGGAGAGUUUGGAGAGUUUGUAGAUGUCACUUCCCAACCUCAAUCUCAACCAAUCUUACCACCUACUCUUGCUCCUGUAACAGCUCCUCCUAUCAUCACCUCUUCCCCACCACAAUCAAAUAAUCCUCCCAUUAAAUCCCAUCUCAAUGAAUACCCAAUCCAAACACAAAUUAACCAGCUCUCUUCUCAUGACCCUUCAACUCCUAUAAAGUUUGGAAUGCAUGCUAUAGAGCUCUCAUCAUCACCAUCACCAUCAUCAUCAUUAUCAUCAUCACCUUUACCAUUGGAUUCUUCUUCAAAUAGUGCAAAUCAAAAGGGCCCAUCACCUAUUGCCCAACAGCCUAAAUGGGAAGAUGUGAUUUCUGCUCGUAAAGGUACUACUACCCCUCAAAAUCAUCAUGCUCGCACUUCAAGCUCAUCCUCACAUAGAAAAUCACUCUCUGGUGUGUCAGUCUCUGCAAUAUCACCAUCAGGCACAAUACAUGCUAUUUCAGGAUCUGAACAUAAAUUAGUCAAGAGUAAUGUGGCUACCCAGCCCACUCAUCAUCAUCAUCAUCAUCAUCAACAACAACAACAAAAACCGUCUUCACAAGAUAACAAUUCAUUUCUUAUUGAUACUUUUGAUGAUGAUGAAUCUCAAACAAAUCAUGGAAUUGAUCAUAACCCUUCACCAGCAAUGCUAGAUUUGCUCCAGUUCCCACUAAAUAAGGAAUCAUCUCAGUCUCAACCACACACACAACUACAAGCUAAUGAAAAUGAAAAUAAUGACGAUGAUGAUGGAUGGUCAUCUUUCCAAUCAACUGAACCAGCACCUGCUCCUUCUAGAGUCCCCGUGGCAUCAUCCUCUUCUCCUUCAAACAAACAUCUCAUUUAUCCAUCAUCUAAACCUCAAAGAGGUCCUUCCCCUGCAGCCCGCUCCAUUCUUUCCUCUAAAAGUCAUCGCAAAACCUUAUCCUCAUCAUCCGCUUCUGCUUCUGCUUCUGCUUCUGCUUCUGCUUCUGCUUCUGCUUCUGCUUCUUCUACAAACACACCCAUGUAUGCAUCACUAGCCCUCCCUCCAGAGUACGCUUCAAUUCCUUCCUCAAUCGAUCUUCUUCAACUCUCCCAUUUGCAUGUCCUACGCAUAGUCGAGCCACUCUUUGCUUCGCUGGUACCCCUCUCCUACGCACUUAAAAAACGUGUACUUGCUGCAGAAAAAACUCGCGAUUUCCUAAAGGGUUACUACUGCACUCUCUCAAUUGUCCAACGUAUCAUGGCUGGACGUUACCGUAGACUCCCCAUUCCUGCAGCACCCCCAGGAAUACCGUCCCAAGAAUAUCUCGACAAGGAAUUAGAACUCCAGCUCCAAGCCGACCGCCAGGCUCGUGAAGUCGAACGCGUCUGGACUCAAGAACUUGUUCCACGUCUUCGUGCUGCACAUAACAUAUUACCCACCACUUCGAUGCACGGUGGUGGUCCCAGGGCACAUUCGACUUCAGGCAAAAAGUCAGAAAAGUACUUGGACCCUGAUGCUUUUGUUCUUUCAGCUUCAGCUGUUGUCUCCAAACCUGCAGCUGGUAUUCACGGUGCUGAAACUGAUAUAUUUUCAUCAGGAGCUCUUCGCCAGUGCGCUGUUUGUGGAUUAUACCCAGGCGAACGAGUACCUGGAACUGGCGCACGUGGGACUAAAAACUCGAAAAAAUUGCUUAAAAGUGUGGCAAAGGAAAUGCGUAAAGCUGAGGGAGGAUCAAUAGGAAAUACAGAAAAUGAUGGGGAAGAAGAGUGGGCUCAAGGACAUGGGGCUCAUGCUGGGUUUGGUCAUGUCACUUGUCUCAAAUUUUGGGAACACCGAGCCAACUAUGGUAUUUGA